CUUUCUUAAGCAUCUUCCUCUGAUUAUUUUUUCAUCUUCAAAGUUCAAAUCAUCAUACCAAAAAACCCUAAAAGAAAUCACAUAUACAUUAUAUUCUUGUACCAAAAAUAUGGACUCAGAUAGUAACAAUACCAAAUCCGUUAAGAGAAACGUUGUGGACCAACUUGUUGAAGGCUACGAAUCCGCUACUCAGCUUCAGCUUCUCCUCUCUCGUCAACAAUCUAGUCACCACAUCGAUCAGACUCGUAUUGUCUCUGGAGAUCCGGAUCCAGUAAAUAAGCUCAUGGGUAAGAUCUUGGAUUCUUUCCACAAAACCAUAUCGGUUCUUGAUUCUUUUGACCAAGUCGCCAACGUCUCCGUCGUCCUUGAGGGUUCACGGAAUACUUCAUGCGGCGAUGAUUCAACUCCGGUGAGUUGCAACGGUGGAGAUUCGGGCGAUAGUAGAAAGAGACUUGGAGUUGGUAAAAGUAAAAGAGGAUGCUACACUAGAAAAAAGAGAUCACAUACUUGGACUGUGGAAGCUAGAAGAAUUGAUGAAGAUAUAUAUGCUUGGAGGAAAUAUGGACAAAAGCAGAUUCUUAACUCCAAGUUCCCAAGAAGUUACUUUAGAUGCACACACAAGCCAACACAAGGAUGCAAUGCAACAAAGCAAGUUCAGAAACAUGAGCAAGACCCUUCUUUGUUUCAAAUCACUUACAUUGGCCACCAUACAUGUAAUGUUAGUGACGAAACACAAGCAAAGACCGAGCCUCUUGAUCUCGAAAUAGUAUUGGAUUCGGACAAUAAUAAAUUGGCAGCAACCAUUUCUCAGGACCAUGUGGAUCCAUAUAUACAAGAGCAAGGGAACGACAUCAGUAGCCUGAUCGGAGUAGGCGCAAGCAUGGUGAAGGAGGAGGAUUAUAACAAUGGUGAUCAGAAUAAUGACUAUUGUGAGGGUUCUUCCACAUAUAGUGAUUUGUCAUUGGUUUGGCCAGACGUGAUGAUGUCUGAUGAUCGUCAACAUCAUCAGAAUCACUUCUAUCACGGUGAAGCUAGUACUACCACUUCUUAUCAAUUCUCUUUCAUUGACAACGAUCAAUUCUCCUCCUUAUUUGAUUCCUACUGCUCUUACGAAGGAACAAGUGCUAUAUGAACAUCCGAAUCCUGAUUAAUAUAUUGUAGUUAGGUUAUAUAAUAUUUUCUCUUCCUCUCUCUUUGAAUAUGU